AGAGCAAACACAUCGAUACUCGAACGUCUUCUUGAGGAGAUGAAAGCCGUAGAUAUUAACGAUUUAACCUAUGAUAACCCAUUGGCUAAUGGUAUAAUUGACCUCGGAUCUUCUCAAUAUCAAUUAAUGGAGGAUGACUAUGAUGUUCUUGUGGGUGAGAAAGGUGGCAUAAAGAACUUAGAAAAAGGUGCACUGAUAAAAGGAGUGUGUGCAGAUUUUGCAAACCUUGGCAUAAAAAGAAACGAAAUCCAGAACCAGUACAAAUACAUCAUUGCGCCUUCAGAAAUAACAAGGCAUAAGGACUGGAUUGAGGGCGAAAGAAAAAGAGCGUUAAUAGCGAUAUAUAUAAUAGAAACGCUUCGGCAAGAAACUAAAAGGAACACUCUUCGUGAAAUAUCUAAGUCUUCGGAGAAUGCUCUUGUAGACAUUAUAAAACGUCUUGUAGAGGCGACGGUAUAUCAAAUGCCAGUUGACAUUGACAUCGAAGUAACGAGAAAUGAUUGUCAAAGUGCUGCUAGCAAAAAACGAAAAGUGGCUGGCUCGAGAGUCAACAAACCAAGACUUAAUGAUUCGCGCAUUUUUCAGACAAAAGUG